AUGAAGUAUCCAUCGUAUAGUUUCCUUUUGGAUCAGGAUCUGAAAUAUAUCACUGGUGCUAUUGAAGUUAAUACAGAAGAUAUAGAUUUUACAAAUGAGGCAACUAUAAAAUUUGCUGAGAGUAAAGAAACAUUUGAAAUUAUUUAUAAUGAACAAAAAGGGGUAGAGGGUCCAUUAAAAUUAACCGGACAUUUGGUUGAAGAUAGAACAUGGUCAUUAGAAAUGGUGGGAUCUAGUUAUCAUGUUAGUAAAGGCGAGUUUGAUAACUUUGAAACAUCUAGUGAACUACAAGAAUAUGCUAAAGAAUUGAUUUCACUAUGA